AGUAAUAAUAAUAAUAAGUAACGUGCGAGCUCUAGCAAGCGAGGCAGUGCGGUUUAGACAAAUAGAAACUUAAAACCUUUGAAAUGAGGAAAAGUGGAUACAGAAAGUGCAGUGUCAAACGCUGCAAAAAUACUACUGCGAAUUCGAAUUGCCGUUUCUUUCGCUUCCCUAAGGACAAUGCAAGGGCAAAGCAGUGGGUAACGGCAUGCAAUCGUGAAGACCUCGUGCUCAAAACAGCAGAAUAUUUAUAUGCUAUCAAUAGGAUUUGCAGCGAUCACUUCGAGGACAGGAUGUAUGCGAAUGAUUUAAAAUCUCGUUUGCUUCCUUCAGCUCGACCGACUCUAAAUCUCCAUAAUCAUGAAGAAAAUGAUCAGAAUAUUGCUAAUGCAGAGAUUUUGCCUAACAAUAAUAUAUUAGUUGAAAGUAAUAAUAUACCUAAGAUUGCUUCAAAUACUUCUCAAAGUGCAGUAGUGAAAACAUCACACGUAAUUAAACCAACCUUUCAGAUUGAAGCAAAUGGACACGAUUAUAUAGGGACUGCGUUGGCAUCUGAGUUGCCACAAAUUGACGCUCGAGGAUCACAGGUCAAUAAAUUGAUUGAAGCAAAUGGUCACGAUUAUAUAGAAACUGCGUCGGCAUCUGAGUUUCUCCCACAAACUGACACUCCAGUGUUGGUCAGCAAAUUGAAUUGUACAGAUGUACAAAGGAACGUUUCAUCUAUUACUGAAAAUGCUACAAGUGGGCACAAUUUUGGAAUAAAACACAAUGAGAUGACACUUCAAACUGUCAUCUUGAGACCAAUUCACAGCGUCUCCACUAAUCUUCAAUCUUCAAUCAUUGUUUCUUCAGCGAACCACAGUAUUGCGGUAAAUCCUAAACUUACAGUCGCUGCGCCUUUCUAUGUUGUCCAUCCGUCUUCACCAGGAAAAGUUUUAAGGAAUACACAAUGCUACAAAGACCAACUACCUGUGAAACAAAGUCUUAAUAAAAUGGUUCAAACAACAAAAGAAUUAUGUGCUCAUGAGUCGAAAAAAUUAAAAUUUCAAAAAUUAAAAUUGCAAAAAGAAAUCAGAAUUCUGAGAAAAGAGAAUGCUGCUCUGCGAGAAACAAUUGAAAAAAUGAAUUUAAGCAAAAAUCAAUUCCUAAAAUGUUGCGAAAAAUAUGUAUCCCCCCAAGUGGCACUGUUUAUAAAAGAACAAAUAUCAGUUCACAAUCAAAAGGCUAAAGGUCGGAGAUAUUCCUUAAAAUUUAAACGAUUAUGCUUGAAUCUGCAUUUCAAGAGGCCAAGAACAUAUAAAGCUUUGUCAUCGAUAUUUUCUUUGCCGUCUAGAGCGACUCUUCAAAGAAUGACAACCAAAUCUCUUGUAGAAGUAUAAAUCAAAAUGUAUUUGAUUAAAUCAGUAUUAAAGUUGCAAGUAUGAAAGAGACCGAAAAAUACUGAAUGGUUUGCUGUGAUGAAAUGUCAUUAAAAUGUUACUUGUAUGGACAUAAAGGCCGAUAAAAAUCAUUGGCCUUCAUGACAAUAAAGAAGAAAAACAAUUCAAA